AUGGUUACGGUGGUGAGUCUAGAUAUGUACAGGAUGACUAUCCCAACCACGGUUACAGUGGAGAGCCUAGCUAUGUACAAGAAGACUAUCCCGAACAGGGAGAGGGUGAAGACGGGAAAAGACAAUGGCUACGUCAUUGUGAUUAAAAGGUCGAAUAAAAAAGGAAGUAAUUUCAAGAUUUGGUUUCAAUGUAGUCUUGGUGGGGAGUACAAGAGUGUAAGUAGCAAGAAAACAGGUUGCCCGUUUGAGUUGAUAGGGUUUGCGGAAACAAAGGGAACUGUUUGGAAGAUAGAGGUGAAGGAUGCGAGGCACAACCACACUCCUAUUGAAAAGAUGGAGGGUCACACGUAUGCGAGAAGGCUUUCUUCGGAGGAUAAAAGACUGAUUGAGCAGUUGGCAGAGCAGGAUAUGCCAAACCGUAGCAUCUGGUGUACAUUAAUGAAAAAGAACCUGUAUAAAAAGAUUAUUCCGAAAGACGUACACAACGCUGUUCAGAAGAUCAAUGCCGGAAAGAGGGUCGGAGAAUAUCCAAUGCAACAACUCGAAAACCUUCUUGUCGAAAAAGAUUUCACCUAUUACAUGUGCGUAGAUGAGAUGACGAACGCAGUUGAAGAUAUCUUCUUUGUCCACCCACUUUCAUUUACUAUGUGGUCGUAG